AAGCCAAUAUUCUGUUAGAGGUUCUGGAAGUCAAGCAGUAGAACAUGUGAGGUUCUGGAACUCAGUUCUGCUGUUCUGUCCCUUGUCAAUCUUGUGUAUUUCCCUCAGUGAUUCAAACAGAAAAUUGACACAAAAGUCGAUACAAAUCCAACUCUGAUAAAGAGCAAGUUCUUGUGGUAAUGAUUUGUUCUUCAGUGUCUUGUCAGUGGUGGAAGAGAUACUCUGGAGCUGCUGCAAUGUGUCUGGGGCUGCUGUGUGUUCUCCUACUGGCUGGGAUCAUAGGCCUGUUUCUCUACCAGAGAAACCAAUUGACCUGUUCCAACACCCUGACUGAAGAGAGGGACCAGCUACAGACCAGUUUCAACAUCCUGACCAAAGAGAGAGACCAGCUACAGACAAACUACAACACCCUGACCAAAGAUGGAGACGAGUUACAGACUAGCAACAACACCCUGAUCAAAGAGAGAGACCAGCUUCAGAAAGAGAUAGAACGUCUGAAACAAUCUUUAGUUGAGAAAGUGUGUCCGGAAGGAUGGAAGAAGCUUGGUAGCAGUUGUUACUACGUCUCUACUUUGAAAAAAUCUUGGGAGGAGAGCAGACAGGACUGCAGAAAUAGAGGAGCACACCUGGUGGUCAUCAAGAGCCAAGAACAACAGACAUUAGUCAACUGGUUAUGUGGAGUAUAUGGCUAUGUCUGGAUUGGUCUGACUGACUCUGUUUCUGAGGGGACCUGGAAAUGGGUGGACGACACACCACUGACCAGAAAGUAAGACAUUAAUGAAUGCUGUGUCACUAUGACAUCACUGUCUGGAAUAGUAUGUUCAGAAUGGACAGCCUGAUUCUGUGUUGUUUCUCCUACAGGUAUUGGAACAGUGGACAGUCUGAUUCUGUGUUGCUUCUUCUACAGGUAUUGGAACAGUGCACAGCCUGAUUCUGUGUUGUUUCUUCUACAGGUAUUGGAACAGUGGACAGCCUGAUUCUGUGUUGUUUCUUCUACAG